AUGUCUUAUCACACAGUCUGGAGGGAUUCAUAUACUGUGCCGAGAGGUAAGAGCCACUCUGCUGCGAGGAAGUUGGUCACACCGAGGUUGACUAAUAUCUCUCUGCAUCAGCCUAUGCCGGAGUUCUCGGAUUGCCCGGUACCCGAGCUGCACUGGUGGCCUUCUGCUCAUUCUAGGGUGGAAACGACAGGGAUCGGGCGCGUGGGUGUGUUAUGCGGCCAUGAACAUGCCGACCCGGUGUUCAAGCGUCGAACCAUUCAGAAGCGCGAGGACCUUCACAUAUCCACUUGGGCACCCCUGUUUAAAAAUGAUCCUCAAACGAAGGCUCCAUGGUUCCAAACAACCGAGGCCUCCCACGCGCUGUCUCGCGUGUACGCACUUGAAUCAUCAACUUGUGUCCUCCACACGACUUCCUACAUUUCAGGGGACGUUUGCGCCCAGUGGGGCAUCCCUCCCGAUGUGAAUUGUCUCCUAAACGAUGCUCGGGCUGCGAUCUAUGGUCCAGAAGGAGAUAACCUCACAGAAAAUCCAUCCGCAACCCAUGAGAAAAUAAAGUAUGCCAACAUUGUGAGGAGACCGCCUGUUCCUGCUGAAUGA